AAGAUAUGCUGCUGUCUUCAGAAUCUUCUGGAACUUUUCAACUCCUCUGUUCAACGUUGUCCAGCGGAAGGAAGAAUUCAGAAACCAAAAUCUUCCUAUCAAAUAUUUUGAAAUUUCAAGAUUUCACAAGCAUCUGUGACAAAUUCACCCUAAAAUGUCAUCAGCUGUAUCUCAAUUGUCAUGCUUUUCUACGAUCCAGAACAGAUUUCAUCUCCUCAAUCGAUCACGCCCCCACCUUCUUCGUUCCCAGUUGCUAACGGUUAUGAACAGUGAUCAACAUGCCAUAAAAGCAUUCAGUUCAGGUAGCAAGUCAGCUGUAAAAUAUAGAGCAAGUGCAUCAAAAUCAGAUAAUGAUAUACUUGAAAAACCCUAUUCAAAUAUAGAAGAAUAUGUCAAUGGGGAAGAGGUAGACGAACCAGUACAAGUCAGCGAACCGAAAAAAGCAGCAAAGAUUCAUGAUUUUUGUUUUGGAAUUCCGUAUGGUGGGAUUGUAUUUAGCGGGGGACUUAUUGGCUUUUUAUUCUCGAGGAACCCUGCUACUUUGAUAUCUGGUGGACUUUAUGGAGGUGCAUUGCUGGCCCUUAGCAUUUUCAGCUUAAAGGUCUGGAGUCAAGGGCAUUCUAGCAUACCUUUCAUACUUGGACAAGCAGGAAUCGCUGCUGCCCUCCUUUGGAAGACAAUUCAGACCUACUCAGUGACAAAGAAAAUAGUACCAACGGGAUUCAAUGCUGCCAUGAGUGUUGCGAUGCUAUGCUUCUAUACUUACGUGAUCGUGUCUGGAGGAAACCCGCCUCCAAAGAAGUUGAAGUCUGCUACGUCUUAAUUAGCGACGAUCCCAACUCCAAAUAUUAGUUUGAAAUCGUAUUUUUAUCAACUGUUUGAGGUCUUUUUCUCUUUGUUGUAUCAAAAUGUGUCGAAUGGUGUCUUAUUUGGCUGGCUGGGUAGAGGGUAUAAUUGUAGGCCUAGUAAAGUAAGGAUUGUGGUACUUCAUUAUAAUUAUGUUCUUUUCUUAAAUUAAAUGCUGGGUUUGACCCCCUUUUUUUGGAAGAAAUUAUCGAUUAGAGCA